AUGCGGCGCAGUCUCUUGAUCUUCCUCCUGUUCGCCGUCGUCGUCCUCACCUUCCUCUUACACUCUGUCUCGACGCUCUUGGCCCUGCUCAUAGAAGAUGCGUCCCGGGACGCCAUCCACAGGUCCGAGCUGCCUGCGCCGAACUCGACGUUGCUCGAAACACGUCCGCAACUGAUCCCCAAGAUCAUCCAUCAGACUUACAUCAACGAGUCGAUCCCUGCCCACUGGGUCCCCGCUCAACAGUCAUGUAUCGACCUCCACCCGGACUACGAGUACAAACUGUGGACGGAUGAGAAGUCGCACGAUUUCAUCGCCAAGGAAUACCCGUGGUUCUUGUCCACAUUCGUCGGCUACAGACACAACAUCCAACGGGCCGACGCCAUCCGAUACUUUGUGCUGGCCCACUACGGAGGCGUGUACCUCGACUUGGACGACGGGUGCAAACGACGGCUCGACCCUCUUCUCUCAUACAAUGCGUUUGUGCGGAGGACGGUCCCCACCGGGAUAUCCAACGACGUGAUGGGGGCAAUUCCCCAGCAUCCGUUUUUCCUCCGAGUCAUGGAGUCCCUGCCGGGCGCCGACCGGAGCUGGAUCCUGCCCUACAUCACCAUCAUGGCGUCGACGGGUCCGCUGUUCCUGAGCGUCAUCUGGAAGAAAUGGAUGGGCGAGCACGCCCACUUGGACCCCGACACCUGGGUCGGGAGGGUGCGCGUCCUCAUGCCGGACGAGUACAACCAACAUGCGUGGUCGUUCUUCGAGACAUACAAGGGAUCGAGCUGGCACGGCAAGGACGCGAGGCUGAUUUUUUGGAUGGGCAAGAACUGGCUGCUCUUGACGGUCCUCGGCUUUGUGCUGGUUCUGACGGUGGGCUUCCUUGUCUGGUUCGUCUACUCGAGGCUCCUGAUCUGGAGUGCGAGGAGAAGAGGAAGCCCGCGGAUGGCUGCUCUUAGGUUCGCUGGCGGUGCCAAGAUGCCCCUCUGGCGGAUGUGGGCCGGCGGAUUAGGAAUCAACAAGCAGACUUACGAAAUGGUCGCCCAGCAUGAUGCGUGA